AAAUUAACCAGAUUAUACGCAUAAAAAGAGAACGGAGCAGAGAAGCGACGGACAGAAUAAGUGUCACCUGCUCCACCGAACCCGAUCAUUCUACGCAGGACAUUGUUUUCUGUGGGUGAAGUACAUGUUUGUGUGUAAUACGGACUGUUUCGGUGCAAAGAAGAAAAAAUACAUUUUUGCUCACCAUGUGCGACAAACCGGUUAUGGAUUGUAAUGUGUUUCUCCUCCAACUGCUCUUCCCAGGUCUCUUCUCAUGUCUCACUCCUCAAUAUCACUUUGUGAACAUGAGUAAGAACUGGACUGAAGCACAGAGUUACUGCAGAGAGAAGUACACUGACCUGGUUACCAUUGACAACCCAGAGGAAAUGAACAGAGUGAUUAACAGGGUAAACCUCACUGGUUAUACUGGACCAGCCUGGAUAGGACUGGAGAAGGGAAACUCGUGGAACUGGCAGUGGUCCCUGGAAGAGAGACGUCUCUACAGUGAUGGACAGACUGGGUUCUCAAACUGGGACACCAGCGAAGGAGCACCUCACACUGCGGAUGGGAAUACCAGCUGUGUGGGGAUGAGAGACACUGGGAAAUGGAAUGAUAUUGGCUGUGACUCUAAAUCUCCCACAGGAUUCUUUGUUUGUUAUGAUGGGAGAAAACAAACCAAUCAGAGAUACGUCUUCAUUAAUCAAAGUAAUAAGACCUGGUCGGAGGCACAGAGAUACUGCAGAGAGAAUCACACAGACCUGGUCAGUGUGAGGAACCAGACUGAGAAUGAUCUCAUACACACCAUGAUAAAAACUCAAACCUUUGUGUGGAUCAGUCUGUACAGAGACUACUGGCAGUGGUCAGACCAGAGAAACUCCUCAUUCCGCUACUGGGCACCAGGAAAACCUGAUAAUAAUACUGGGAAUGAGAAGUGUACUGUAGCCACGAUCACACAGACACUCAGUGGAACGUGGGAUGAUCGACAGUGUGGUGAAAAUCACCCGUUCCUGUGUUAUGAUGAUCACCUGAUUUUGGUCCAGGAGAACAUGACCUGGAAUGAAGCCUUGAACUACUGCAGAGAAAACUACACAGACCUGGUGUCUGUCCACGAUGAGGAGAUCCAGCAGUGGGUGGAGAGGAAGGCUAGAAAUGCCACCAGUGCCCAUGUGUGGUUGGGUCUGCGCUUCUCCUGUACUUUGAGCUUCUGGUUCUGGGUCAGUGCAGAACCUGUCUGCUAUGUCCACUGGUCUUCAGCUAAUGGGACUGGAACUGGACACUGUGGAAACACUGGGGCUGUACAAUCUAGAGGAGAACAUCGGUGGGUCAGUCUGCCUGAGACUCAGAAACUCAACUUCAUCUGUGUGAAAUGUCAAGGUGAGUCUGAUCGAAAGUUCUACUCACCUCCUGCAAUAUAACCUGCGCAUGAACAUAUAACCUACAGACCUUCACGCAGAACCUGUAUGAUUACUCAGGUGUUUUACGGGCGGAGGUGUGCAGAUGCUCUUCUAACUAUUUCUUGUUUGUUCUGCUCUAGACAUCUAAUCAGUUCCUACAUCUUCAGCACUGGAUCCUCUGAGAUUCUGAACAUCUCUGAGGUUGAACUUAAGAAAGAGCUAUUUUUCCUGUUAUUAUCAUCAUUCUUGUUAUGGUUGAGUUGAGUUGACUUUUCUUUUAAAUGUUGAAAUUCAUUUGAAACAUAAGCACAGUUAAAAAUGUCAGGGUGAGGUUAUCAUUUCAAAAUUUUUUUGCUUAUUUGCAGAAAAGCAAAAUGUUUAGCUGAUGAUCUUCUUCAAGGGGACUUCUAACAUUUUACUCAUUUAGAGA